AUGUCAGGGAGUAGCGCUGACUCGCAGAGCUCAUUAUCAAAGGCUCAUCCAGAUCAUCCUAAAUUGAAUGACCUCGUCUCCAAAAAUGAUUCAUCAGUGACUAUACGAAAUAGGAAAUGGAAUAGAAGAGUCUCUGAUUUUAUGCUUCAAUCAAUAGCCAAUUCAGCAGCCAUGGGCCAAGGAGGAAUUGCCGUCCAAUCACCUCAACAAACGACAACACCCAUUUCAAUGUCCGAUUACGAAUCACCUUCAAACUCACCAGAGAUGCCUCGUCGUCCAGGUGGUUUGAGUGAUGGUCCAAAUGCAAGAAGUAAGACCAUAAGUGUCGCAGAUGGAGAAGAAACUUUCGGUGUACUCAACCGACAUCCAGCUUCCGCCCCCUCCCCAGCAAAAGUUGCCGCUCAACUUCCAGGUAGUAAAGUCACCUUUAGAGUUGGCGUUAGCGAAGAUAAGAAUAAGAGAUGCCGAAGAACCAUGGAGGAUGCUCACAGUUUUGUUUAUGACUUCGCCGGUGUCAAGGGACAAGGUUACUUUGCUGUCUUCGAUGGUCACGCUGGAAAACAUUCCGCUGAAUGGUGUGGACAAAACUUUCACGAAUAUCUUCUCGAUGCUAUUCUCACCAAGCCGGAACAACCUAUUCCUGAUCUCAUGAACAAAACAUUCCACGUUGUUGAUUCUAGACUCUCUCAUCUCGCUCAAACUGGCAAAACGUCCUCUGGGUGCACAGCCGUUACAGCUUUCUUGAGACUUGAAAAAGUCGAUGACUCUAAUAAAGGAGGAUUCAUCAACUCUUCGUUGCAACCUAGAGGACUGAUGGAAGGUAAAGGUGAAGAAGAGUUAGAAGCUCAAACCUCAUUACAUCCUGGAUCGAGAAGAGACUCCAUGGGAGGUGGUACUUCAGGUGCAACAGGUGGAGCUGGUGCUGUAUCAAAUCCAAAUGGAAAUGGUGAAGGACUACGUCGUAAGAUGUCUUCUAAGAAGAUAAGAGAUUUCGUCAAGUCUUUAACUGGAUCUUCCUCAUCAAACAACAAAGAAGAUGACAAUGCGAUUGAUGAAGAAGAUGAUGAUGAUAUGAUCAAGACAGUUGAUGGAUCUAAAGUAGAAGCUAUAGAUCCUGCUUCUGAAGGAAAUGUUAGAAGAGUACUUUAUACCGCCAAUGUCGGUGACGCACGAGCUGUCAUUUGUCGAGGUGGUAAAGCCGUUAGAUUAACAUAUGAUCAUAAAGGUUCCGACGCUCAAGAGGCAAAGAGAAUUACCGAUGCUGGUGGUUUCGUAAUGAACAAUCGAGUGAACGGUGUUCUCGCUGUCACCAGAUCACUGGGCGAUGCAUCAAUGAAAGAGUUUGUUGUGGGUUCACCUUAUACGACAGAAACAGCUCUGGAUGAUCAAGAUGAGUUCCUGAUCGUUGCAUGUGACGGUCUCUGGGACGUAUGUGAAGAUCAAGAAGCUGUAGACCUCAUCAGAACAAUUACAGAUCCUCAAGACGCUUCAAAAUAUCUACUCGAUCACGCAAUGUCCAACUAUUCUACGGACAAUUUGAGUGUCAUGGUAAUUAGAUUUACCCAUUUGUAA